GAAAAAGAGAAGUGUAACAGAUUUAAUAAGCACUUCAUUCAAUAUCCCUGAAAUGACAUGCUUUGUUACUGACGAAGAAGUAACUUUGCAAGCCGAUGGUUCAUUAGAUAUCCUUGAAGUCAAAAGUCUGCUAAAACAAUCAUUUGACAAGGAAAUUAUUGAAAUAGGUUCUUCCCGCUCUUAUAAAAACUCAAAACAUCUAUGUAUAGAUUAUGAGCAAUACCUAGGAAAAGUGUCUGAUGAGAGAUAUACUGAAUCUUACAUAUUUAGUUAG